CUGGAGAAGCGGCUCGAGGCCAUCUCCAUCCAAGAAGAGAACCGCGAUCCCAAUGCGCCUUUUCAGCACAAGUCCAAGAGCGCACUCUCCUCCUCACUUACCCUCACGAGCCUCAGUGCCGCCGCUCAACAGGCCCGCAUGAAACUGCCUCUCCAAAAACUACAGUCCAACGCCGCCAGCCAACAAAAACCCUCGCUCCAGCCCAUCCACAAUACCAAAAUCACUCUCCCUUCACAGUCCGCCCAGCGCGUAUCCGCCGAGUCACGCCCCUCCGACCCCGAGCCUCUCUCCGUACCCAUCGUCGAGCCCUCCCGACCCAAACAAUUCCACCUCGGCAUGUUCGAAAUCGGCAAACCGCUAGGAAAAGGCAAAUUCGGCCGUGUAUACCUCGCGCGCGAGCGCACCACAGGCUUCGUAUGUGCGCUCAAAGUCCUCCACAAAUCCGAACUCUCGGCGGGCAAGGUGGAAAAACAGGUGCGGCGAGAGAUCGAAAUCCAAUCCAAUCUCGCCCACCCCAACAUCCUCCGCUUGUACGGCCACUUCCACGACACCAAACGCAUCUUCCUCAUUUUGGAAUUCGCCGGCAAGGGAGAAUUGUACAAACAUUUGAGAAAAGCGCAGAGGUUUCCCGAAUGGCAGGCCGCACAGUAUAUUGCGCAAAUGGCGAGUGCCUUGAAAUAUUUGCAUAAAAAACAUGUCAUGCAUCGGGAUAUUAAGCCCGAGAAUAUUCUCGUGGGCUUGCAUGGGGAGAUCAAAAUCAGUGAUUUUGGCUGGAGUGUGCAUGCGCCGAAUAACCGGAGGAAGACAAUGUGUGGGACGUUGGAUUACUUGCCUCCGGAGAUGAUCAAGCCCGGGAGAGACGAGAAUUGGUAUGAUGAGAAAGUGGAUCUGUGGAGUUUGGGCGUUCUCACAUAUGAGUUUUUGGUGGGAGAAGCACCGUUUGAGGAUACACCUGUCAUGACCCAGAGGAGGAUUGCGAGGUGUGAGAUGACCGUUCCGGGGUUUGUAUCUGCCGAGGCCAAGGAUUUGAUCAAGCGGUUACUGGUGCUCGAUCCGGAUAAGAGGAUCGGUUUAGAGGAAGUGGAACAACAUCCGUGGAUAUUGAAGCAUUGCGUCAAGGGUGAGAGACAUUAUCAGAGGACGAGUGGUGGGAGGAAGGAUUGAUAUCAGAUGGUUAAUGGAAGUGGAAAGAUAAAUGAUACACGACAGUUUCUCACAUGCGUGCUUUGGGAUUAAUUGAGAUGAUGGCGCCUAUGCAUGGGACAGAUGGAUCUGAUAUAAUGAGCACCAGCACCGGCGUUGGGAGGCAUAGC